UACACUGUUACGUUGUUUUGUUACGUUGUUACAUUUUUACGCUAUUAUGUUAUUACUCUAACAAAAAAACAUGAUAUUUUUCUCACCUUAAGCAAACCUAACCAAUCGUUUCACACUGGUAAUACGGGGCUGAUAUGAAACAUAUUCAUGAAAUGUGAAAACACUCAAAAUGCAUACAACCGUAGUGAACAGCAGCCCUAACAUGUUUCUGAACUACCCCCAUUUCCAGAAGCACAUUCAAGCAUUAAGUUGAUUUCCAACAACCCGUACAGCUGCGUCAAUCUAAUCCAAGCUUGUCGCCUUUUUUGAGGCAGUUUUUCUGUUGCCAUUAUUCUGGCUCUGGCACAGGAAGAUAACAUCCCUCUUCUUAAUCCUGCCUAAAGAGCUCUGAUUGUCUUAGUUGUUUUUCCAACCGGGGAAACAGCCAUCAACGAGCACAACACUAGACCUUCUUGAAUCGCUGGAGAAUAAAAAAUAUAUAUAAAUAAGCCACCCGUAAAGAUAGAAAUCAUCUUGUAAGGACCAAGUUGGAUCUUUUGAGUCUCGAUCCCUCUGCAUCCGUCCCUUUAAUUCCUCCGGGCGCUCCGUGGUGGCAUGUGAUAGCAUCACGCUGGAGGAUCUAAAGAUACAGGACAUUGUAUUUUGUAGAGAUUGCAAAGCCCUUAAAGGCAAAUUUGUGACUUUGGGCUUUAUAAAUAUAAAUUGACUUGACUUGAUUGUAUUAAGAGGAAUCAUAAGAUCAAGAGGAACCACACCUUGGCGUACGCUGGCCGUGGCCCAUGUUCCACCAAUCUCUGCUGAGACAUCAAGGUUUUGAAGCUUGGGUUGUGUUGGAUGAGAUUAGAGGUAGAUUUCCCUGCGUUUCCUACAUCUUUAAGGUAAUGGGCGUCUGGCGCCUAUGAUGUAACGAAUCCAUCUUGUGCAUUCUCUUUGUCCGCUUCUUUUACAGCGGCAUUAAACAGAAUUAAUGGAGAGAAAAAAAAGAUACAUUAAAAAGGAAGCCCUGAGUUGUUUAGCGUGUGUACUGUUUAGCGUGCGCCCGACAGUGCAUGCAUGGCUGGGUGCGUAUUAACAGCUCAGUAGAAGCACGGUCAGAUGAAGAAGGAUGUCACAUAAUAACUGCCUGCUUUUGUUUCAGUGCAUUUUCCUCCGGCUUCUCAGAUAUGUAUGUCUGUUGUACAUGCUGUACAGUAUGUGUCCUUGAGCAGGCACACGGGAGAGGGAGGUGGUGCCGGCCACCGAGGAUGGGCUAUGUGUGUGUGUGUGUGUUUAUGUGUGUGUUUGCGGUGUGGGGGGGCCGCAAUUAAAAGGAAGCAUGCAGUGUCCCAUGAGGUGCUAAUGCCCAGGAUCAGCUGUUCUAAUGUCAUUCACAUCCCUUCCGUUUGAUGUAUGAAUCCAUCGGGGACUUCAUCAGUAACCCCUCCCUCACUGCUACCACCACCACUUUUAUAACCCCACCCUAACCUACCCAACCCCCUGUCGGCUCUACAACCCCUCCUCCUCCUCACCCCCCUCCUCCUCCUCCUCGGCUUGCACAGAACCUCCCCUUCUGUGUCUGAAUGCUUAUGUUGGCUUUUAUCGCGCUCAAAGUAAACAGAGUCGCGUCAGGGAUAGUGAGAGAGAGAGAGAGAGAGAGAGAGGGGGGGGGAGAGAGAGAGUCCUAUAGAGAGAGAGAGAGAGAGAGAGAGAGUGCAACAGUGAUAAAGGUGGAACAUGCACAUUGUCUGCGCGCCGCUCGCCUCCCCGCUUCAUCUUCAAUAGAGACACAAAAGCCAGCAAAAGGGAAAUUUAAAAGGCGAAGAGGAGGCAGAAGAAAAGGAGGUGAUCCGAAGAGAGAGAGAGAGAGAGAGAGAGAGAGAGAGAGAGAGUGAGAGUGAGAGUGUAGAGCGGAAGGAUCUCCCUGCUAAAUGCGCAAAGCGUCCCGUCACCCCACGCUGAGCUCCAUGGCCAACUCCGGCUGCCUGCUGCUCUCCGGCUCCGGGAUGCUACCACACUCGCUCCAGUGUCCCCCUGCCUUCCUCUACCUGCCCGAGGGUAACCAAGAGGCCACUAACCCCCCAGAAGCGAUGGCCCAGCCGUACACCCCAGCCCAGUACCCGCCUCCCCCACAGAAUGGCAUCCCCGCAGAGUUUGCGGCACCGCACCCGCUCCCGACACAGGACUACACCGGGCAGAGCCGGGUCCCCGAGCACGCCAUGACCCUCUACACGCCCACACAGACGCACAGCGAGCCGGCCGGCACUGACAACAGCACGCCCGCCAUCACCGCCACCACGACCGCACCGGUCAGUGUCCUUCAUCAUCUGCAAACACUGUUCUCAACACGCUGUCAGCAAACAGAUGAUGUGACGCAAACAGAGGGCUCUCAGCAGCUCCAGCUCCAGCACUCAGACUCUUCAGAGAAGCAGCAGCCCAAAAGGUUACACGUCUCCAACAUUCCCUUCCGCUUCCGGGACCCCGACCUAAGGCAAAUGUUUGGGCAAUUUGGAAAGAUUUUAGAUGUGGAGAUUAUCUUUAAUGAGCGAGGAUCCAAGGGCUUUGGGUUUGUAACUUUUGAAACAAGCACAGAUGCUGAUCGUGCACGGGAGAAACUAAACGGUACAAUCGUAGAGGGACGCAAAAUAGAGGUGAAUAAUGCAACAGCACGAGUGAUGACAAACAAAAAAGUGGCCAACCCUUACACGAAUGGCUGGAAGCUGAAUCCAGUGGUGGGAGCUGUCUAUGGUCCUGAACUCUAUGCCGUAACAGGGUUUCCCUACCCUGCCACAGGCGCUACGGUGGCCUAUAGGGGUGCCCACUUGCGAGGUCGGGGGCGGGCUGUGUACAACACGUUCCGCACGGCUCCUCCACCACCACCCAUCCCAGCUUACGGAGCGGUGGUGUACCAAGAUGGCUUCUACGGUGCAGAGAUCUAUGGCGGCUAUGCAGCAUACAGAUUUGCCCAGCCCACCACCCCCACUGCUUACAGUGACAGCUAUGGCAGAGUCUAUGCAACAGCAGACCCCUACCACCACACGAUUGGCCCUGCCGCCACAUACAGUGUGGGGACUAUGGCUAGCCUAUACAGAGGAGGGUACAGUCGCUUCACUCCCUACUAAAAGAAAGAAAGAAAGCGAGAAAAGACAGAGACAUUCCCCCCCCCCCCAACAAACAAAUAACAAACUAUCUUUAACAAAAGACAAACGCAAAACAAGCAAAUGCCCGGUCCUUGGUGGAGCGCUAAAUCAAACUAAAAGCUUCCAGGUCCCCCCCCCCCGACACCCUCUCAAGCAGAUAUUUCUACAACAACUCUAUUUGAUGUCAUCAUUGGUCUGCUCUUGUUUUGUAUUCAUUUUGUGCUUUUGUUUUUCCUUUUGGAAAGUUUUAUGCACAUGUGCAUUAUCUUGAUUGCUGUAUAUGGGUGCUGUGUCACCAUAACCAAUGUGAGCCUACUGCAGCACGCAUGAUGCAUGCUCAGAGGUUUGUGUAUGCAGGCCGCUGUCAUCUGACUAAGAAUAUACUGGGGCAUUCUUAGUUUUUAUUAUAUAUACACAUAUAUAUAUAUAUAUAUACCUGACAAACAGGAAGCGUACCAGGUGGGAUCAGGUUGACGCCGAUCACUGAUUCUAAUUCCUUUCCUGACGUGCAGAAACUAAACACGCUGACUAACAUGCCUCGGUGAUUCUUAGUUCAAAGACGGCACUGCUCCGAUUGCUUUUUGUUUCUUUCUUUAAAACCUCGGAGUGUCCCGACUGUUGUGCACUUACAAGCUGUACUUUGUGGUACGACAGCAUGCCGAGUAAAGCAGCUCAGAGGUCAGAUUUUCUUGUCUUGGACUCACAACGCUCACACUCCGGCUCUGUCUCCUGCAACCUAUCAACCACACGUUUAUAUGCAACUAUUCUACAUCGGCGGUCAGGGUUUGUAACGCCGGCCGGGUUGCGUUCAGGGACAAAGUCAUGUUGCGUUUCAUUGAAACACGUCCAACGUUUAAAGCUGUUUGCAUCGCUUCUCGUGCUCGACAGUGAUUCAUCUUGUAGGCUGCUGGAGGAAUCACAGAAGACUUUAAGUGUUCUCAUCGCUACUAGUCAACUCAGUUCAAUUUCUAAAAUUGGUGAAGUUCCCUUUUUACUACAGAUGAUUUUAUAAAAGUUAGCACUAAAUGUUUUGCAGUUUGUAAAACAAUUUUUCUUUCUGUUAGAAGUUGUCGACUCAGUUCUCUGCUACAUGUUGUAGUUAUAUUUGCGAUAAAUGAUGUUGUGUUUGAAUGCAUUAUAUUGAAACCCGUUUUAAAUAUUUUGUUAACAGAACCUACGUAUUGACAUGACGGAGCAGAAUUGUUAAUAACAUAAUGCAGUCCAAUGAAAUAUCACGAUACAUUACAAUUUCAGAGCAGGAUUUAUUAGAGACUGUUCUGCCACAUUAGUGCAGAUUAACAUGAAGGAAAAUACCAAAACGUUGCUGGUUCCAGCUCUGCUCUGUUUUAUUAGAGCGAUGCACCGAUCAGAUAUGAUUAAUAAGCUCUGUGCCUCGCUGUGUGGAGGAGACGGGCAUCAUUCUGUUAUGUGACUUCAACACUCUUUACUUCUUAAACUAAAUACAACAAAAGACAUCGUAGGUAUUUACUGAAUUGUUAUUUAUUAUUAAAAUGAUAAAUGAAACACAAGCAACUCUGUCAAAAAUCUUCUGAAUUGGUUUUAAUCCUUUGACUUGAUGCUCCUGGAGGUGCUUGAUUAAGUUGGUUGAGUUAUAGAUUAAUAUUUAUCUAUCUAGAAUAGUUAAGAAUGAAAUACCUUGUCCAGUUAUUUGAUCGGUGCAUAUACCUAUUUUAUCAUAUUGUAUAUUGAAAUCUCUUUGUUUCUCUUUUACACAUUUCACAGAUUAAUGAGGUAAUCGCUUCAUCAAAGAAUUAAAUUACGGAGUCGCUGAAUAGUUGCAUAUGAACUUGAUUUUGCAGGAGACACGGUUGCAUCAUCCUCACUGAUUCACCAGAUAAACUGUACUCACGGUGCACAUCGUCUCCCCACACACACACACACACACACACACACACACACACACUGGUGUGGGUUGAACCAGACAGAAGGCUGCGAGUCACCGCUCUCUCUUCUUUUUAAAGCAUUGCACAGAAUGUUUUACCUCAGGAUAAACAAACUGAACUCACAAACUACAGCACAGCGCUGCUCACUCCUCAGCAGGCGGGAGAUCCUCUCAUAACACAACCAGCAGCUUCUGUCCUCUCUGCAACACGGCUUCUUGCUUCAGCAGAGACCCCGAGAGGGGCCCAUAAAAAAAGGGCCGUACUGUUGUCUUUAUUAAAGCUACGGUAUUAUAUAUAUGUAGACAUAUACUGUAUAACUAUUUUACACUUGCACACACAGUAAGAUAUGAUAUAAAAGCACCCAGGAGACGUAAUGUACGUGUGUGUAGCCUCUUAGUCCACAUACAGUGGUUGCAUUGGCUUCUACUCCAGCUGUGUGCUACGUGAGAACAUCUGUGUGGAGCUGCUAGCUGUGCAGAUCUCAGUGCAGCGAUGGAAAUACAGCUCAGAGCUAUAUUGCCGAUAGUAUUUCAUUUAUACGUUUGUGGUCUCAAAAGAAAAAGAAAAAACAGUUUGUUGCACUUUAUUUGUUUUCAGCUUUUUCAAAACUUUACGAGAUGCAACAUAUUUAUAAAACUAUCAUAUAAAAGCUAGUAAUGUUUAGUCGAGAUGUUAAAAUGAUAUAAAGUAAUGUUGUAAUAAAAAAAAAGAAAAUUAAAACCAUAAUCUCUCAAGAAAAUCGUUCUGUGGAUAAACAAACAUCGUUCUUCCUUUUAUAUGCUGCUACGUACACCGUUUGGGCUUUUUAUAGUCUAGGAUAGAAACUUUGAUUAUAGUUCUGAACCAUUUAGACCGGCCAGAGCAUCUGUACCAGGUUCUCCUAAAAACUCUGCAGCAGAGCACACGUGUGGGUGUUAGUGACCACCAUUAGAAAGAUACAAGUGGUUUCUGAUCUGAAUGUUGAUAUAUA